AUGGGACCAUGCUAAAGCUGCAAAUAAAAAGAGAAAAAUUCAGAAAUAAUAAUUCCUGAUGAUAUUUCUACUAUUAGAAAAUCAGGUAAAGAUACACAGUCAAAAACAAGCAAAUAAUAAAAUGGAUCAUUUAUUCAAAAUUGGUCGGAUUUGUAAAUUGAAUCAUAGGAAUAAAAAAAGCGAGAGCAAUAGGGUAAUGAAAAAAAUACAGCACAAGGAAAUUAAAAUGACGAAAAUAUCAGAAGAGGAACAAACACUUAUUUUUGCUCUAUCGAAAAUGAUGUUGAAAGCAAUAAAAAUAAAAUAUUUAAUAAUGCAAUAAUAGAUAUCAACGAGAAUAAAAGCGAUAUUGAAAUUCUUCUUGAACUAGAAAAAAUGAACUCUAACCUAAAUUUAAACGCAAAAGACGAAGUUGAAGAAAAUUAAAAGAAACCAAAUUAAUAAUUUCUUGAUUAACUAACGUAAUCAAAUAAAAGUUAGACAAGCAAAACUUAAACAAAUAAUAAUUAAACAUAUACAAAUAAAACCAAAGAUAAAGAUUAAUAAUCAGAACGCCUAUCAAUGAAUAAUAUUCUUAAAGAUUUAGACGACUGA